AUGAGUCUACCAUGCACGUCAUCCUCUGGCGGGAUGGGAAGCGUGCUGAAACUUCUAGCAUUCGCAGUGGUGGUGCAGGUAGCAGGUACAACACCAUCAAACACAAUCACAGCGUCACACAGCAGCAACGAUGUGCCACUAUCAGCCACCUUUAUAACGGUAAACCAUUGUGAAGAGCAUCCCGUGCCGCAGCUGAACUUUGUGGAACGGUCGAAGAUACCGCUCGACUGUCGAUGUCCAGCCGGGUUUACCGCGGUACGGGAAUACGAGCACACGAACCGAGCGCUAUGCGUUGGUAUUCGUACGGCAGGACCCUGGCAAGAUGGCUGUGUUCGGUCCGGUACCGCUACGGACUAUUACGAUCUGGAUGAGGGUGAGAUGGGUGCGGUGCGGAAGCUUCUGCUCCGCGAAAACGUGUCCGAGUGUUGGAUCUCUGCGAGGAGACUGUUGAAAUAUGGUGAGCUAGUGCGACGACUCCCUGGCCCCGAAUGGAAUGCACCUGUCGCGUUACCAAAGCGAUCUCCACUCACACUACCUGAGCCGGACUACAGCAAAGACCAUGACUGUGCUACAGUACGCUUCGAUCAACAGUCCGAACAGCUGGCGUAUCAGAAUUGCUCAGCGAUCCUGCCGCAGCUAUGUGUAUACCGGGAAGCUAGCCUUCUUCGGCUGCAUUGUGACGCGAACGAGUUUACCACGCGAUAUUCAAGCUACCAGCGUUACUGUUUCAGUAUUAGAAAGAGCAGUUUGAACACCGUUAGCAUGCUAAGGUUGGCGAUGGAGGUGAAUGGAAGCUUUUGGAUUGAUAACAACCGAAAGGGGCAGCUGUUGAUUGAAAUGUACGAUGCGUCGAAGGAUUGUAGCAGCAGCUCCAACGUGAUCUACGCUAAUCAAAAGGAAAGUACGCAUCAUGCGCAUAGACGAGAUGUAAGUGAUACCAGACCCGGACCCAGUAGAGACAUCUCAGAGUUGAGAGAUCUAAUACCGAUCGUAUCUUCGGAUCAGCAGAGCUUUGUCUGUGUCGCACAGCAGCGGGUGCAGAUUGAGGGCGACAGUUUAGCCGCCGCAGAUGGUACAGGCCCCGGUAUGUAUCUGUACUUUGAUAAGGCACGCCUGAAACUCUUCCUUACCGUGUACGGUAAACGGUGGUUCUGGCGGGAGGAUCAUUCCACUGACGACGGUAUCUUGUGCUUCACCAACGCCAACGACGAACAGCUAAAGAAUGUAAAGCUAAAAAUGUUGCGUGAGUCUCACGUCAAGUGGGGAGCACCGGCACGCAACGCUAACCGUCUCGCUGCGAACCGUACGAUGUACGAGGUGAAGCUGGAUAAGUACGCACCGCCCCGAUCGUACUGGUGCGAAGCCCAUCUGGUACCAGACUUUUCUCUCAUCAAAACCGAUACCGUGCUGGCGCACCGGAAAUCGGACUGUAGGCGGUACUUUUCAGCCACGAUCGAACUACUGCUGGAACGUUCCAGUACCCGGCCACCGGACACGUUGCGCCUGAAAGACUACGACAAAAUGAUCGAAGCGUACCUUAAAGCCCACCGCAAGCGACUGCCAGAGCUGAAGCACAUCUUUUCCGCGAUUAAAGCGACCCGCGUGAAGCGGGUGGAGAACUUCUGGACUUCGGCUAACAAUGAUUGGUACACCGUACGGCUGCUGCUGCACAUCGCCACGAAGUGUGCGAAGGACCUGGACAAAGCAGAACUAUUGGAACCCGAAAGCAAUGAAAUCGAGCUACCUGCAGAGUAUUUGGACUACUAUCAAAUGCAUAAAAGCUUAACUUUCGCACUCGGGUCACUAAAUGGUGAAGAAGGGUUUCGUUUCCUUGCGACCAACAGCACCGAGUACUGUCUGCCGGAAAGCCUCAAGCUAGCGCCGGGGAAGAAUGUAUGGUGGGCUGCCCGGUUGGGUGAGACGGUGGCGCCCAGAAAUCUCUGCCUGAUUGAGCACAGCGGACUUCCGGUCGCGAGACGCUGCUUGGGCGACUACCUGUACGGAUGCGCCUGGGACUGGAACCCUGGCAGCGAACUCUGCUCCAACCAAAAACGUCCAACAACCAACCUGCUGUACCGGUACAGCGUUAGCCAGCUGAAUCAAAGUGUGCUGGGGGAGGUAUUCAACCAGGCGACCGAUGUGCUAGCCCUCCCGGAGGAUGUCAUUCCUGCCGAUCUGUUUUACAUCUCAAAAACGCUCGAAAACGUACCAACACUGUUCGGCUCGAACGAGACGGUUGAGGAGGGACGGGACGACCCCGGUAGGCACUACUUCUGCAACAUUAGCAACAUCCUGAGCCGGGUGAUGUAUCUGAACGAAACGACCGUUGUGUUAUCGCAGAGGGCGCUGAACACCACCAACAUUCUGCUGGACGCAACCGAAACCAUUGUGAACCAGCUGGCAGUGUCGCGAGAUACGUCGACAUUGAUGCAGGGCGAUCAGUACGAUUGUGAGGCGUCGGGUACGGUACAGCAGCACCGUCAAAAUGAUGGCACGGUGCUGUUUCGUACCGCGAGGUUGAUUGUGUUGAUAGCAGAUCCUAGUGUGGCAAACGUGACAGGACUCGCUCUGUUCCGAGGUGAAGACUCUCGUCCAGAAGCUGACGUAGGUUCGGAUGGUUUGGAAGCUGGCGAGCAUGAAGACUUUAACGGUUAUCGGCUGCGGUACUUGUACAUGAACCAAUCGAUCGAAUCACUGCUAGUGGAGCCAGAUCUUGAAAUAGGUUCGUUCAUCCCGCAGCACGUAAUUGAAGGGCUGGAUGAGCUGAACGAAGCACUCGCAUCAGCUGAUGUGGAAGUCGAUCCCGACACUAGUGAGGUUGGUACUACACCGCCCAGCGAGUGGCAGGACCCGGUGCCGACUCCACCACCGCUGCGCAUUAUCAUCACCAUCUACUACAACGAUCACGCGUUUCGCGAAACGAAAAACGGUACGAUCGCACGUCCAAACUCGAAGAUCAUCAGCGUUAACAUGCCAGGGUAUGGUUCGCGCAUGCCGGACGAGAUACCGAUCUACACCCGCGAACACGUCCGAGACCGUGCGGGACGUUGCGGAUAUUGGUCGUUCGAUGCGAAAAAUUCCACCGAGUUCGGACACUGGUCGUACGAUGAGUGCCGUCUGCUAAACAGCUCCGGCACCCUGUCACUGUGCGGUUGCUUCCACCUGACGUCCUUCUCCCGCCUGACGAAGGACAUCCAGAUGGUGGAGACGGUGGGCGUUUCGCAGAAGUUUAUAGCGGAUAAGGGUACACUAGCGCUGGACAUCAUCACCGCGAUCGGUUGCUCGAUGUCGUUGCUCGGGGUGGUGGGCAUUUUCGCCACCGCCAUACUGUUCCCGACCUGGCGUUCGAAGGCGAGCAGCAAGAUACUGCUGCAGCUGUCGUGCGCGAUCGCGAUCGAGAUGAUUAUCAUCUUUCUCGAGGGUCCGGACAUUGAUCAGAACCGGAUCAGCCAGAUCGAAUGCGCACUGCUCGGUGCGAUCUUCCACUACAUCAUACUGGUGACGUUCAUGUGGAUGCUGAUCACCGCGUACCUGCAGUUCAUGCGCUACGUCAAGGUGCUCGGCCAGCUGCGACCGGCCCAUUUCAUCCUGAAGGCAACGGUUUGCUGCUGGGGUGGCCCACUGCUGGUUGUCACCUUGUUUCUCAGCCUAGACUACACGCUGUAUCUGAAGCGUGACAACAUCUCGGACAUCUGCUACCCGCACGGUACCGCACUCUGGUACGGGUUGCUGCUACCGAUAGGAUUGAUUAUAUUCGUCAAUCUCGUCAGCUUUGUGAUAGUGAUGUACCACAUCUUCACCAUACCGAACAACCUGACCAAGACGGCUGAUCACGCAAUGACGCUGGCCCAGCUGCGUCUGUCCGUGUUUCUGUUCUUUCUGCUCGGGCUACCGUGGAUAUUCGGCAUGCUGACCACGGGCACGGAGGACAAGCUGUUCGCCUACCUCUUCUGUCUAACCGCACCGAUACAGGGCUUCAUACUGUUCGUGUACUUCGUCAUUAUGGACCCGACCGCUCGCCGGUUUUGGUACCGGAAGCUGCAGCGUCUGCCCUGUGUCGCGCGCACGGGCAAACAGGUGGAUGGCGAACAAACGACAUCACAAAACACUUCAUUCAAUACGUAUCUUUGA